AUGGCCAUCACUAGUGAGGUGCCCCUGUCUCUGCCGCCGCCGGAAGGGGAGGCUGUGGUGCUGCUGGAUCGCGGCAGGAUCGUAUCCUCACUUCGGGUCAAGUCUGUAGACGUGGUGCAUCGAUCUGUAACGGUCCAGCGCAACGCCGGAACAGACAACGAGGCAGAGGAGCUGAUCGAGUACGAUCUGCUUAUCGGCUCCGAUGGAGUUCGUUCCCGCGUGCGUCAGGCCAUGAACAGCGAGCUGCCGCCAGGUUCCAGCUUGACUGAUGAGGAUCCGUUUUACUGCCUGAAAUGCCGCUUUGAGUCCGAGCUGCGCGUCAUGCCGGGCGGACGUGGGCUAGAGGCUUCCAGGGAGGGAGCGAGCAGACGCGUGGAAAAGCUCAGCCGUUGUGACCGUAGCGGUUCUGCAUCCCAAAUGCUGCUGGACCGUGACAGCCUGAGAACAGAGCGUUGGCACUGCGUCAUUGUGUCAUGGAGCUCGGACGAGGCCCCAGAGGAGCUCCUGGAGGCCUCCGACCCGGAUCAGAUCUCAACACAUCAAGGUGUGAAUUACGGCAUCUAUGAUGGGGGCUUCUGGGCAAAACAGCUCGUGGAGAGCAUAUACUACUUUGGCUACCUUUGCGGGAAUGAUGUGGUGCAUCCGAAUUAUUUUCCCAUGCGCGGAGAGGGUUUGCCGUACAUAGUUCUUGGGGUUCUGGCUCUAUGGGAAGGAAUCCGUCGACCAUUUACGGAAACUGUCAUGUAUGUGCCGUUUGACAGGCUUGCAGCGGAAAUCUGGACAAGCUUGGUUCAGCAGAGUAGCAUGGCCGCUUUCUCUGAGCGACGAGCUGAUGAGGGCUGGGCACUUCUGGACCUCAUUGAGCUUCAAUCAGCAGCUGAAGUGCGCGCCAGCGCGCUGGUGCAAGGCCCUCUGGUGUUCGGCUUCUUCCUCGAGCAGUUGGGACGAGGUACACUGAAGCCGCUGGCCGACAUCGGUGCUCGCCUGCUGGAAGACAGGAUUCAGAGUAAUCAGGAGAGCUCCGCGGAGGAAGUGAACCAGUUCGUGUCGCACCUGAAAUUCCAGCCCACCAUGAAGUUCAGCCCUGGAGUCCUCUUCUUCCUGCUGGAGCAAGCUGUCUUGGUACUCUGGAAAGCUGGUCUGGAUCUCCUCUCCAGGCUCCAGCCUCCAAUGCAGACAGCUCUAAUGGCCACGGACGAGUCCUAUGCGCAGCUCGUGGGCCGGAACCAGACUUGGCUAGCCUUGCUGCGGUCUGCCAGGGUAGCCGCUGGUGUUGCCCGACUCUCCUACGUCCAAGAGCUGCACGCCUUCGCGGGAUUGGACGAGGAGGAGAGUGCCCUGUGGGCACAGAACUUCACGGUCCAAGAAUACCUGCAGGACGACGUGUUGGUCAGACAGUCGAGCCCGGUCAACCAGCAGUGCUUCUUUGGAAUACGAACUGGCACUUGCAAAGUCUUCCGCAAUGGCGCAGAAGUUGCGACGCUGGAAGCGGGCGAUUGUUUCGGUGAGGCUUCCUUGGUCCUUGGGGUGCCAAGCCCAGUGACCGUCAAAGCCGACAGUGAUGUCACCCUGCUGGUCAUGAAGGGAGAGGCCUUUUGUAGCCUCAUGGUUCGGGCCCCUCCGUUGCUCCGCGGCGCGCUGGAGGCUGCGGCCGACCGUUACGGAGCUCACUUCCAGGAGGUGGUAGCAGAGCAGGAAGAGGGGCGGCAGCGCGUUCGGCGCCUUCUGGAGCAUGUGGUAACGGAAGGCAUGCAUGGGAGCAGUUCUAAGCACAGCGCAGUGGAUCUGGACCACCUCCUGGGGACCGUCGGCAUUGAGUCAUACUCCAAUGGUGAUCUCGUAGCCUUGGGAUGCCAACAACUGCGGGUAGUGGAGCACGGGUCGUGCAAAGUGGUGCGCGGUGGCCGCCAGGUUCGUGCGAUUCAGGCCGGGGACUUCUUCGGCCCUGACCUCGCCGCGGACGAGAGGGUUGUUGCAUGCAGCGAUGAGGUCCGUGUGUGCAGUUUCACGAACGAAGGACAGACUUCCAUGGGCUUCCUGCUGAAUUCAAGACCAAGCUGA